AUGGCUGAGAAGGGAGGCGUAAUUGUUCCCGAGUCUGUGCUAAAGAAACAGAAGAGGAGCGAGGAAUGGGCUUUGGCCAAGAAGCAGGAGCUUGCUGUUGUGAAGGAAAAGAAUGCUGCAAACAGAAAGCUGAUUUUCAAUAGAGCCCAGCAAUAUGCCAAGGAAUACACGGAGCAGGAGAAGGAGCUGAUUCAGCUGAAGCGCGAGGCAAGACUGAAGGGAGGGUUUUAUGUGAAUCCUGAGGCUAAGUUGCUUUUCAUCAUUCGCAUUCGUGGUAUUAAUGCCAUGCACCCGAGGACUAAGAAGAUCUUGCGUCUUCGGCAGAUUUUCAAUGUCGUGUUCCUAAAAGUUAACAAGGCAAUAGUGAAUAUGCUUCACAGGGUUGAACCCUACGUAACCUAUGGGUACCCCAACUUGAAGAGUGUGAAGGAACUAAUUUACAAAAGGGGCUAUGGCAAAGUCAACAAGCAACAGAUUGCUUUGACCGAUAACUCCGUUGUUGAACAGGUUUAUCAACUCUUUCAAAUGUGA